UGUAGGUACUGUAGGUUUUUUGACCCGGCGGAGCUUCCGUCCAUACUUACGCUGUGCGGUUAAACAAAAGUGUCCUGUACAUGUGCCUUUGCUCACUAAAUAAUAGUUUCAGACGUGUUUUUACUUUCCGAAGUCACUCAUGUCGUCCGACGCCCUGAAGAAGCGAAAGUCAAAGGUUCUCCGCAGUGAAGCAGGCACUCCAGAGAUGAAGCGGGGUCGCGGGGAUGGGGACCAGCCGGAUGCACGUGUGUACAAUGAGGAGGUGGAGCUGGAUGGUAGGAGCCCUGAGCAAGACUAUCUGCAGUACAAAGAGUCAUGUGAGACUUUGGCCACCCUCAUGAGUGAGAUCCAGGAGCUUAAAUCCAAUGGGGCCAAGGAGGGGAGUGCCGAGGUCGAGCAGAGACGUAUGCAGAGCUGCAUCCACUUCAUGAAUCUGAAAAAACUCAAUCGUCUAGCUCAUAUGCGACUCAAGAGAGGCAGAGACCAAACACACGAUGCAAAGCAGAGAGUGGAUGUGCUGCACCUUCAGUUACAAAACCUGCUCUAUGAAGUGAUGCAUCUUCAGAAGGAGAUCAGCAAGUGUUUAGAGUUCAAGUCUAAGCAUGAGGAGAUAGACUUGGUGCCUGAGGAGGAGUUUUACCAGGGGGCUCCGCAGGAGAUUUCCAGGCCCCACCUCACAAAGAAUGACCCCCACCAACUCACUCUUGCUCGACUGGACUGGGAGCUUGAACAGAGAAAGGGGUUGGCAGAGAAAUACAAGGAGUCACUGGCCACAAAGGAGAAGAUCCACAAGAGCAUUGAGGUGAAGAAGGAACAUCUGACAAGCUUACAGCCUGGACUGAAUGCCAUCAUGCAGGCCUCUCUUCCAGUGCAGGAGUAUCUGUCCAUGCCUUUUGAACAGACUCAGAAACAGACUGAGAUCGCCCGCCACCUCCCUCCACCUCUGUAUGUCCUGUUUGUUCAAGCCAAUGCCUACGGUCAGGCCUGCGACAAGAACCUGACAGUGUCAAUCAGUGGAGAUGUGGAUGAGGCCAAGGCCUUGUCCAAACCUCCAGAAGAUUCCCAGGAUGACGAGAGUGAUUCAGAUGCAGAGGAGGAGCAAGAGAAAACGAAGAGGCGAAGGCCAACCACGGGCGGCCAGUUGGAUGACAAAAGACGAGAGAUGCUGAAGAGGCACCCUCUGUCCCUCUGCUUAGACCUCAAGUGUAAAGAUGGCAGCAUCCUCCACCUCUACUUCUACUACCUGAUGAAUCUGAACAUCAUGACGGUCAAGACCAAGGUCUCCACCACGACAGACCUUAGCGCCGCCAUCAGUGCAGGUGAUUUGCUGAAGUCAGACACUCUGCUCAGCUGUCUCUACUCCAGCGAUCAGGGACGGGAAACACCCAACCCAGCAAAUCGCUACCAGUUUGAUAAAGUCGGGAUUGUUUGCUUUGCUGAUUAUGUGGAGGAGCUGGGUCAUCCCUACAUGUGGGUUCAGAAUCUCGGUGGACUGCAUUUUCCCAGCGAUGCUUCAGAGAGUGUACGUGUGGGCAGCUCACUGAGUGCCAGCCACAUGGAGAGCACCAUGAAGCUGCUGAGGGGUCGACUCCAGUCCCGCUUGGCUUUGCACAAACAAUUUGCCUCUUUAGAGCACAGCAUCAUCCCAGUCUCCGCUGAGAGUCAGCACCUGUUUCCUGCCAAGAUCCUCUCCCGUUUGGCUCGCUGGACCACAAUCGCUCACCAGGAGUACAUGGAUUUGCCGUACACACGUCAUGUGACUGAGGCUGGGCUGGCGAAGGAGACUGGUCUGUACUUUAUGACCGUGGUUGAAAGAGGCACAGCUCGUCUUCAGGCGGCAGUAGUGAUGAGUCCCCGUUAUCCAGAGGUCUCUCCUCUAUUCUCUCUCUCUCUCAGCUGGAAGGGAGAGCGCAGCGGACGCACGGAUGACAACCUUCGAGCCAUGGAGAGUGAGGUCAAUGUGUUCAAAAAUGAACUGCAGGGACCACGUCCAGGACACCAGCUCCUAACCAAUCAGAUUUCACGCCUGUGCGUCUGCCUGGAUGUGUAUCUGGAGACUGAGGGGCAAGAUGACGGCGUGGAGGGACCGCGAGAGUUCCCCCGUGAAAAGAUGUGCCUGCGCACUGUCAGGGGUCCAAAUCGUCUGAAGCCGUUCAAGUACAACCAUCCUCAGGGCUUCUUCAGUCACCGCUAAACCUGUUUAGGAUUUUCCCGACAGUUCUUAACAGCCGUAACUCCUCCAAGCUUAACUUUGUGACACUGGCACACGUUUUUUUUUUUGUCUUUAUACCAAUCUGAAAAUAAAAUAAUUCUUUUCCUGAA